AUGGUUGCUAUAGGCCUGUGGGCUACCCGGGAACAGUCUGCGCAGUCGGCAGCAGUGGAACUGCACGGUAAACUUGACUUGGCUCUUCGAGAUCAAAAGGAGAAAUGGGAUGCCUCGGAAGCAGCUAGAGCUCGCAGUACUUGUGUCUGGCCAAUACCAACAUACCAGGCUAUCCUAUUACAUAUCAUGUUCUCUUUUGUUAUCAGCAACCGGGAUUCUAUCGAUUUCGACUUGAAAAUCUCUCUCCCCCUGCUGAUCUGGGUUUACUCGGAGCUCUUGUCCGAAGUUGUCGAAAGCUGGGCAUGCGACUUGGAUUCCUUCGUCUGGGUUGGCAUUGAGGAAAUCAAACGAUUCAACUUAGCCUUGUACAAAGUUUGCGGGAAGGCAAGCAGCUCGAGUAUAAGAGAUGGAAUCCAUGGUGAUGCUAAUGCCUGGUCUCCACUGACUGCAAGCGAACUUCAGUUCCCCCUGCCAAGCAACUGCGCCUUGUGGAGUGCUGUUACCAGAGAUGAAUGGGACGCUGUUGCGAAGGACGAGAAGCGGGUUUCCUUAGACGAUGACCGCCAGAAAGACUGGAUAUCGAAUUUCGCAGAAAUAUUACAAGUCUUUGAGUUUUAG